GGAGAGGCUUUCCAGCUUCUGGCGUCAGUGUUUGGUGGUCCCGUGGCGCGUGGCAGUGCGUCUUCUGCGCGCUCCUCCUGCCUCAGACAGAUACUACGGCCUCUGUAGCCCAGCUCCCUAGGGGCAGAUGAGCAGUGAUGUGCAUGUCCACUCCUGGCCUUGCUCCUACUACCUGGACGUUGAGAAGCGAUGGGUUCCCGGGAAACUGACGUUGACACCUCACUCACUGAAGUUCAGUGCAGACAGAACUGAAGAGGUCCUUGUCGGCCUGCCCCUCUCCAGCAUCACUGAGAUCAGGAAAGAGGCUUCUCUCUUUCUCUUCAGUGCCAUCACCAUCCUGGAGAAGGGCCAGGCCAAGCACUGGUUCAGCUCACUGCGGCCCAGUCGCAAUGUGGUCUUCAACAUCAUCGAGCACUUCUGGAGGGAGCUGCUGCUGUCCCAGCCAGGCACUGCUGCCAACACAACCUCCCCCAUGAGCAGGGGGCAGGAGCUGAUGGGACUGAUGGCUACUUCCCAGAGACGCAUGGAAGACACAGCGAAGGUCCUUCACCACCAGGGCGAGCAGCUAGACAGCGUGAUGAGGGGCCUGGAGAAGAUGGAGUCAGAUCUAGAUGUGGCUGACAGAUUACUGACAGAAUUGGAGACUCCUUCCUGGUGGCCUUUUAGCUAUAAGCUUUGGAAGACGCCAGCAGAAGCAAAGCCCAAGGAAGUUGUGUCUGAGGCUGCAUGUGAGCCUUUUGGAAAGGACAGGAUUGUGAUCAGAGUCCCGGCUGUUGUUUCUAAGAGAACAGAGUCUCAUUCCAAGCCAGGAAAGCUCACCGUCCUGGUUUCCGGUUUGGAAAUCCAUGACUCCAGUUUAUUGCUCCUGCACAGGUUUGAGAGGGAGGAUGUGGACGACAUCAAGGUUCACUCUCCCUAUGAGGUCAGCAUACGCCAGCGCUUCAUUGGGAAGCCAGACGUGGCUUAUCGGGUGAUAUCUGCCAAGAUGCCGGAGGUCAUUCCCAUUUUAGAAGUGCAGUUCAGCAAGAAGAUUGAGCUCCUGGGAGACGCCCUAGUGCUCAGGAGCAGAGGCAGGGCUUCUCCUGCAGAGAGUAGCUGCUCCCUUGGGCAUGCAGCUUCCAGACUGAUGGGCUUCAUGUCACCCCAAGAGCUGCCCAUGGGAGGCCCAGAAGACGAGCAGCUGCAGCUGCAGAAGAACUGGCCACUACUGUCUGAGGGGGAAGCCCAGGAGCUGACACAGAUCCUGAGCAAACUGAAGGGACUGGCCCUGGAUACCGAGGCAGAGCUCGAACAUCAGGAUGAGGCUCUGGAUGGCAUCACGGGAGCUGUGGACCGGGCAACCCUGACUGUGGACAAGCAGAACCGGCGUAUGAGAAAGCUGAUGUAGUGGGGCAAGCAGUGGAGCAACCACCCCCCGCAUGGCUCUCCUGAUUCUGCUGUUGCUACCUUUGUGUCCUGUGUACGGGAACCUGGGACGCCAUUUGUGGUGCUGCGAUGCCCUA